GGUACUUUAAUGCCUGUGAACUUCUGACCACUGUCUGGUGAAAUCUGUGUCGUUAUAUUCCCCACUUAACUACGAUUUCCACAGUGUGCGACGAGUGUGGCGAUACAAGUCUGCAGAUUGGGAUGAGAUGCGGCAUUUCUUUGCAUCUUAUCCUAGGCGGCAGGUCUGCUUCUCCUCUGAAGACCCGUCGAACUGCGCGAAUGCCAUAACAAAUGUGAUACGUUGAGCGAUGGAAUAUUUCAUCCACUUUGCUGACGUGCCCAUUGGUGGUAAAGCACGCCCAUGGUUCAACGCCGAGUGCGCUCAUGCUGAAAAGCACAAGCAUAUGGCGUAUUUAUCCUGGGUCGAUGCUCGAAACCGUAAAGCUCCGGCUGUUAGGCUUAAGAAGAGAGCUUUUAACCAAGCCGCCAAGUCCUACAAAAAGGCAUUACGCCAAGCCAGUUUCGACCGCAUUAAACGCAUCGGUACAGUUUUCUGUUUAUCCAUCUGGCAGUAGAGCUUUUUGGUCUCUCGCCAAAGCAAUCGAGACAAACUUCUGUCGGUCUACACUGCCUCCGCUGGUAAAACCAGAUGGCUCACUGGCGCAUGCGCCUAAGGAGAAUGCGGACUCAUUUGCUUCUCUUUUUGCUUGCAAUUCGCGUCUGGACAGUAGCAGCAGCGUACCAUCUCAAUUACCUCACUGCGGUACUUCUAUGUCAGAGGUCCGUGUCACCAACAAGGAUUUUCUUAAAACCUUGCAAAGUCUAGACGUGAACAAAACUAGUGGACCUGAUGGUAUACUAGCUGUAGUUCUAAAGGUCUGUCCACUUGUGUUGACGCGCUUGUUCCGCCUCUCAUUCAGGACGGGAAUAGUGCCUAAAUCUUGGAAGCUGGCCAAUGUGCAGUCUGUGCCUAAAAAAGGUAGCCGUACCGACCCUGCGAACUAUCGGCCAAUUUCAAUUACCUCUAUAUUCUGCAAGAUUAUGGAGCGUAUUUGAACGCCCACAUUAUGGCAUACCUAGAGCAAAAUGGUCUCUCAGUGAUCGCCAGUACGGGUUUCGCCAAAAUCGAUCAACUGAGGACCUUUUAGUGUAUGCCACUCUCAUAUGGGGCGAAGCCCUCGAGAACAGUGGUGAGGCACUUGUUGUUUCUCUAGAUGUUUCGAAGGCCUUUGACAGAGUUUGGUACACGUCUAUUGCGCAAGUUUUCAGCGUACGGCUUAUCCCCUGGCAUCAGCCUGGGAGAAGCUUCCUGCUGCAUAUAAAUAAUCUGCUCAUUCCUGGUAUCUACGUGUAUGCAGACGACAGCACAGUUAUGGGGAGAUACCAACCAAGUGCCCGGGCCAGUCGGGAUCAAAUCGAAUCGGAAAGAGAGGCUAUGGUUGAGCGUGUGAGUCUGAAACAGAAACAAACUUUUUUAUUCAAUAUAGAUUAUAAAUAGUACUUAUUGAAAGUCAGUAGUUUAAUUACCGUUGGUCCCAAAAAAAACCUCGGUCCUGGGAAGAACCAGCAAGAAACCCAGUGGGACUUUAUUUUUAAAUAACAGCUUACAACUUAGAGUAUUAAACUAACAGGAGACGCCACUGGAGAGCGUUCCCCGCUGUCAAAAGUACGAGAGCGCGGAUCAUUCCCGUUAUAUAAAACUAGUUGCGCCGCGUAUGGCGUCAGUUACCAAGUAGUCGUAAGCGUAAGUUGACCUCCAGAAAAAUGCCGAGUUGCAGUGUGGUUUCAUGUAAAAAAAAGAUCGCAGACCUCAAAUUUACAAAAGGACGACGACCCCUUUCAUCUGUAAGUAUUUAUUUUGAUUUCAAUAAUUAUUAUAAGCAUCAAAUCACGAAAAUUCUGAUUAAUAUAGCUGAGCAGGUAGUGUUGCCAACUUAAAGUAUUAAUACUAUAGUAAGGACUUUUGCACCACUAGGACAAUUAAAUUUUGCUUUUUUUUAUAGUAUAGGGUGCCAAACGAGCACACAGUCCACCUGAUGGUAAAUGGUUGCUGUGACCCAGAGACAUCUACAUUUAUCCUCGUUUGCGAAUCAAAAUGCAGAAGCGUUGCCACCCGUGAGGACUAAGAUGGAAUGCCUCGUUUCCAGUAAAAAGGGGUCUCCGGUUCUCUGCAGUCACCAUACAAAACACAGCAGUGGUAAGCUGGUAUUCUGUGAGAGCGUGGUCCUUCCCCGGUCGAGCCGACCCAUUCGUGCUACAACUAUACUACUAAUAUAGCUGCAGCAUUGCUCUACCACGUAAAUGCUUAAUUGUAGACAAAUGUCGUUUCUCUUCGUUCUAAUUACACAAGACAAAAUCGUGUUAUUGAAUAGUCUUAAAUUCUAAUAUACAUACAUAAACUAAUAAUAUUAUUGUGAUCUAUUUGCAAAACUAUAUUAUUUCAAACAACGUUUGUGUUUUAGGUAAAUAUUAACAUGGGUAAGCGUAAGUAGGUAAGAAACGACGAAGUCCCAGUGAGCAAAACCCAUUAAUUCUUUUUGAGGAAAAAGUAAAUAUGAGUGACAAAAAUAAGGAGAAACCUGGUGAAGGUUUAUUAAGAUCUUUAAGGUCUACAACUGCUUUUCGAGUUAUUAAUUUUGAAUUAUAUGCAAAGCCUAAUAUUGUAAUAAUGAGCAUAGGUAUCACAUGUUUUGGCCUGGCACUGGGUUACAUUGCAUAUAUGAGGCAAAAAUAUGAGUCUUUGGGGUACUAUGCUGCUGUAGAUAAAGAAGGAAAAGAAAUUUUCGAAAAGAAAAAAUCUAAAUGGGAUUAGUACAUAUGUAAUUUAACAGGCUUAACUCUAGAAAUGGUAACUGGAUAUUGGGUUAAUUUUUUUUACAAUAAACCAUAAUAAAAAUGUCUCAAAUACUAAAAUAUCAAAGUGUGGCAAUUUAUAUUUUUUGAAAUCACUAUAAUGUAAUAAAACAUUACCAAUAAAAUGUAACUAAAUGCAAUGACAAAUUAAUGUCCAGCAACAAAACAUUUUAAAACUUAAGGUUUAGAGUAAAAUUAAGAAAAUAGUGAAAUUGAAUGCAUUUGCUAUGUAAGUUGCCAUCAGCUAUUUUGUGUUCAUUUAUUGCUUGCAAGUAUUGUGUUGGUGCUCUUGUAGUGAUUAUAUACUCUUUGGGUGCUCUAUUUUGUAUAAAAAGUAUAAGUGAUCUUAAUAACAAUUAUUAAGAUGAAUAUGAAAAGUUGCCUAUAGCGAUAAAAUAUGUGUAUGUAAUCGAUUUAGUUACAUUUUAUUUAUUUAUUAAUUAUCAUAUUUGUUGGUUCAAAGAUAGUCACUUCGCCAAAUUUUGAAACCCUGAUUUCACAUAGUGUUGUUGCUACUAUUCUAAGUGUUUUUGUAAGAGAGGUGUAGAAUAACCUAUCCUUAAAUAUAUUCAAAGAGAGAAUUAAUUUUACAGCUGUUAUUUCUUCUUUUUCAAAACCUAAUAAUAAUAAUACAAUAUUUUGGAACCUACCUUGUAGAGAUCUUUCCUGCUCCCUCCAGCUAAUGGAGAUAAUAUCUCCUACUAUCCUUCGCAAUUUCAUUGCUUUGAUUAAAGAGAUUAUUUGCAAACAACCUCAAAUAUAUAGUUUUUCUUGAAAUCUAUCUGUAUAAUCUGCUUAUCCAAACUUUAUUCUCCAGCACGGCUAGCAUGGGCUGGGGACAAAAAUUUAUCCCCCGAUUAUAUCCACUGACAAGAGAUAAACUUAUCUUGUCCUUAUGCAGAAGCACAGUAACAGGAAGAAGUAUAUCCCUGUUUGACAAAAUGAGUAAACAUAUAUGGAGCCAAAUGAAAGAUAAAAAAUUAUGGUCUUUUGAUAUUUGAAAGGGACAAUUUUAUCCUAGUUCAUUGGACGUGGGUUUAAAUUUAUAUUUAUACAAAUAAAUCUAUCUAAGUCUAUCUCCCAUUUUAUCUACUGUGGAUAUUAUAUCCACCGGUGUGCCCAUGCUUGAAGGGUGGAUAAAACUAAGCGAGGUGAUAAACAUUUUCCCCUUUCCUGGGGAUAAAAUUUUCUCCUAGCUAGCUAGCUCUGCUGCAAAGGAUCUUUUUCCCCUUCCUCCACUAUGACUUUUUUCCAAUGGGUUACCAUUUCUAAAGCAUAUCUAUUUUUUAAUUUAGACAAUAUUUAUAGUUAGUUAUAAAUGAAAAUAAAAUACAUGUUGACUAUUUAACAAUUUAUUUUAAUUUUCUGAUCACUAUAAAAAUGUUUGUGUUCAGUGAACGGAUAACACAUUUGUGUUGCAAUAAAACUUAGCUAUUUUACUUCCUGCUAAUUAAGGACGCAUUUGUACAAUUGGUAGGUAUAGAAUAACUGACAAAACGAGCCCAAACUCGGCACACCUAGCUCUAAUCCUUCAGGAAUUCCAGUAGUAGUCACCGAAGUACACCAUCAGGUCUCUCCAUCAAGCCCGGAGAUUAGGUCUCAUCAUAAUUUACAAAACGAGCUCAAACUCGGCAGGCCUAGUUCUACUCGUCGAGGAUUUCCACUAGUAGUCACCGAAGUACAACUUCAGGUCUCUCCAUCAUGUCCGGAGGUAAGAUCUCAUCAUAACUAACAUAACGAGCCUAAACUCGGCACACAUAGUAUUACUCGUCGAGGAGUUCCAGUAGCAGUCACCGAAGUAUACCUUCAAGUCACUCCACCAAGUCUGGAGGUAAGAUCUUAUCAUAACUAACAAAACCAGUCCAAAGUCCACAGCCAACAUCUCACUGUUAGUAGAGGGCUUCUAGUGUCUAGCAGUCUCUGAGAGACAAUAUACCGCUGGUAUGCCGAGUUCCGACGCGGUUGUGUGUCGCUCAACACUGUUUCUUCUGCAGGUCGACCAAGGACAGCGGUCACGCCUGAAAACCUCGCAGCUAUGCGAUGUUUUCUAUAUUAGAUGACCGUCAUGUAAUAUACGAGUAGAUUCGGGCUGUUAUCAGUAUAGAAAUGACUGCAAUUCAGUCGAUAUUACAUAAUGAGCUCUGUGUAAGAAAGCUAGUUUCCCGUUGGGUUCCCCACAAUUUGUCCGAAGAGGAAUAGGCGGCUCGUGUAGAUUGGUGCCGGAAUACUCUGCAACGCUUCAAUUAAAAUAUCGUCUCAGGUGACGAAUCAUGGAUUUAUUCAUACGAACCUGGAAGUAAACAUCAGUCAGCAGUUUGGGUCUUCGAAGACUAGGUCAAACCAACGAAAGUGGUUCGCUCCCGCAGCGUGUCAAAGAAAAUGGUCGCUAUGUUUGUCUCGAAAAAGGGGCAUGUUGCUACAAUUCCUUUACAGGAACGCAGAACGGUUACCGCUGAGUGGUAUAUCAGGGUUUGUUUGCCAGAAAUGAUAGCCGAACUCCGAAAAAAUAACCCGAAACGUCGCAUCAUCUUACAUCACAAUAAUGCGAGCUCCCAUACGGCUCGGAAGACAAAUGAUUUUUGAAGCAGGAAAACGUUGAGCUGAUGAGCCAUCCUCCGUACAGACCUGACCUGAGCCCAAACGAUUUCUUUACAUUCCCUAGAAUGAAAGAUUUAUUACGCGGUCAACGGUUUGAAGACCCCGAAGCAGCUGUGGAAGCGUACAAAUCAGCCAUUUUGUCAACAUCAACUUCAGACUGGAAUUACUGUUAUAAUGAUUGGUUUGCACGAAUGGAAAAGUGCAUUAAGUUGAACGGAGAAUACUUCGAAAAAUAAUAAAAUACAAUUUAGUUACAACA